GAGAGUGUGCAAUGUACAUGCGAGAGAUGAGUAUUGGCAUGUGCUGCUUACACUUUGACAUUUCUAUGAACAUCAGAAAUCAAUGUAAAACUGUAAUAAUAUAUAUAUUAUUGGUGUUGAGCAAUCUCUUUUAAAUAUUGAGCAUCGGUUGGUCCAGUUUCGUUGACUAAUUUCGUCAGAAAACCAUCACUAUUCUGAAGUAAGCGAUGGGCAUGAUCAAAUUCCACAACUUUUCCCGCAUCCAUAACCAGAAUUCGACUGCUAUCUGCUAUGAUUGUGUGCAGCCGGUGUGCGAUAGUCAGCACGGUACAAUGGGAAAAAUGCUUGCGAAUCGUUUUCUAAUGGCCCGUGCCAAGCAGAAGAGUGAGCGUUGCCCGGCGCUGAGAUUACGUCCACCACUCAGAGCAUCAUCAUCCAAACCAUUUGGCAAAACACGAAUUAUGGAUUUGAGCUCUACCUGGGAGAUGGGAGAAUAAAAUUGUUCAGAUUAAAAGAUUCCACAUAUGAUUUGUAUACAUUCCCACUAAUCGAUCCGAUUGAUUGAUGUUCUUGCCGACUCUUUACUUGCUCAGUGUGUGCCGCAUUAAGAUCGUGUGAGAUUUGCACCUAAAUGGGAAAUCAUUAGCAACAGUGUCUACUGCUGAGAGAGGAUCGUCGAGUAAAUAAAUAUCGGCCCUUCUGUAAAUUGCUCUGGCCAAAUUUAUGCGCGAUUUUUGACCACCGCUGAGGCAUAUCCCGGAUUCACCGACCUAAUAUUAUUUGUUAAAAAAAAGAACUUGCCGGCAACGAUUGUAAAUCCCGUUCAAGACUGCAAACACGAAUCACUUCGAGAUAUCGUUCGCUGUCAAAGGGUUCAUUGAACAAAAUAUUCUGCCUUAUGGUUGCAUCAAAGACCCAUGGUUCCUGAGAUUUGAGCGGUUUCCCUUCGGGCAAAAGAAGGAAGUUUUCAAUACGCUUCAUAGACACAAAACACUCGGCAAGAGAUGUCACGGACACAGUCCAGAAGUACAACAUGGAAUCAUACAAGAAAUUGUAGCAAGAUGUGACCACAAAUACUUGGCGUGGAGUGAAAACAUUGCCAAAACAAACAUAUGAGGCUAGUGUUAAGAAUAUCGCUAGUCGCGAUAUGAUCGAAAAACUGCACAACACUCCACGCACUAUGAAGACACCACGAAUAGAUUGAAGUUCUUUCCUGAAAUGUUCAUAAAAUUGAAGCAGUUAUAUGUACACCGUUGCAAAGUUUGUGAGUUACUCACUUUGAAUGGGAAUGAAACACAUAAUGAACGCAACACCAAUCCAGCCGUAGUAAUCAAGUUCAUUGUAAAGGAUAUAUCCAAAGAUGAGAACUUCAAUGGGCCCCUUCCAAAGGUGAUGGAGCAGUGACACCGCGGUAUCAAAUCGAUAGGAAUUCCUAGGCAAAAUCUGAAUAAAAGCUGAACGCUAUUAAAACGGUGCGGAAAAGUUCAUCUUACGGAGAAGUUGCGAAUUUUUUCGUAAAUUGUCUUGAAUUUUGUCAAAUCCGAGCGAAAAACGGAUGAACAUGUGCGGUAUCGCAUGUGUCUCAAACGAACUGUUGCAUAAUAACUCAAUCGGUAAACAUUUAUUGACAUUACCCUCACGUACUGUGUGUAUGCUGAAAUUAAAUUGUACGCGGGAGAUAGAGCAGAAGAAGAAGAGAAAAACACACGAGAGAAGUGGCUGAAUUACUUAAUACUGACACAUUCAACAGUCGCCGUCAUCGUUUGCCUACUCCGAUAGCCGAGAGAAACAAUUAACUGAUGCUAAUAGUGAACGUAAUGUCAUCGAUUUCGCGUGUACCAUCCAAUGGACUGGCGGCGAUAUGACGCGAUCAGUAGCCAAUCAUUGACGCGAAUUCGAUGAGAACAUUUCUAUUUUUAAACGACGUAAAUAAAAGCAGCAAGCAAAACAUUGCUCGAUGGGCUCGCUUGCAGGCACACACCGCAUCGCGAUUCGCGCAGCGAGAUUUAUUCACACAGCGCGGAACGGAACGGAAUGACGGCGCGGCAGUAACGACACCAUGAACACGCGCUACAUGUUCAACAGUCAUUUGUUUACGUUGCUUGUGUGGUUGUGUGUACGUCAGUCACAAUAGCUGCAAAAAUCGACGGUAAAGUCGCUUCGAAUGCUCACAUUUCAGUUUAGUAUAGAAUUGCACACUGAACGUUGCGCACAAACCAACGACCCACUAUUCAGGCCACACACACAUGUUGUUUAUUUGCUAUAAUUCUGUUCGUUACUUUUGUUUUCAUUUGUAGAAAAAAAAAUUAAUACCCAAUAUUUAUCAAGUGUGUGUCAGUACAUUCGUUUAACUAGAGUUUUUUUUCAUCAAACUAAAAAAAAACGGUCAAACCAAAUCAACGGAAUAUUUCAAUGAUUAUGACGGUUUUCCAACGAUCAAAAUCAAAUAUUUACACGAGAAGAAAGUUAUUCGAUUGAAAAAACAGUCUUAAACAAGAAACAAUGCCAUUUUAAGUGUCUAACGAACAGUUUGAAGAAAAGUGAAAAUAAACGCAAGUUUCAAUUGUCUAAAUUGUGGCAUAGAAAAUAGAUACAUUACGAAUUGCUUGUGAAACGGAACUGGAGAGUGCAUACGAGCCCAGUGCACGUGGUAUAAGUUCAAAACCGAACGAAAAAAAGGACGAAAAGUGCGACUGUGUGCGUACAUGCGUGUGUACGAAAGAAUUGUGACGCCGCCGGUUCUUGAGCGCAGCAAAUAAGUAUUUUAAUGUAUGUUCAGUCGUUGUUCAAUUGAGUGUGGUGCUGUUGCCAUCAAGCAAAAGCAUUUUUAUGUAAACAAACAGAGCCGAGGAGAGGGAACAAAUCAAACAAUUUUACCAGUGUCGAAGACGGCUGUUAGUAUGAAAACGGAUAAUAAUCCGUAAGAGAGAGAGAGAGAGAGAGAGUUCUGAGAGUUAGCAACCAGUAGUUCAUCCGUUCUGUGUGGAAGAUAUAUGUACAUUCAACGUAUAUAUUGAUUUUCGCAUGUUGUAAACAUUUUAGCUAGUGGAUGUUGAGUGAAAAUCCGUUAUUUGGCUCCCCUCCAAAUUAAAUGCGUUCAGUUUAUUUGGGGCGACAAAUUCACAUUGUUUGCGCCACAAGAUGCAAAAUUGCCAUUAAUCCAUAUCCAAUCCGUACCCCAAAAACAGUGAUGGAACAAGAAUAAACUGAUGGAAAAGAGAAAUUCAUGCGUAUAUAUCAUAUAAAAGGGAAAAUAAACCAUAGACAAAAUCAACGAGAGAAUAUAUCUUCAACGAAGAAAUAAACUAAUUUCCGGCGAAACGUUCAUGGACUGAAUUGAAUCAAAUGCAAAUCAAUCGUCAUCGUCGGCGUCAGUGAAGAAAAUAUAAAAGCAAUUAUUGCUACGUGCGAUUUUAUGUUCCGUUUCCUUUCCAUUUCAUUUUGCUUGAAUGCCAUAAACGCAAAGUUUUUUUUUUGGCUAGAAUCGUUAUACAUCGUGAGUUAUAGAGAACUUGAAUUGUUCGUUCGCACUUAUUGCCGCAAUUUAUUUCAUCGCGCAUACAUACACACACAUACAUUUAUUAUCGCUUCGAUUCCGACCAUGUGCGGGAGUUUUAAUAGACUUUUAUCACUUUAUUUUACUUCGUAUAAAAACUUUGUUCGGUGACUUUCUUCAUUUCAAUCAAAUCGACAUAGUUCUAUCAUACUUCGAUAGUUUUUAGUUUACUGCAAUUAUUCGCUGAAAAAUAAAACACUUAUCCAAUCCAAUAAAAAGCAACUCAAGGACCAACAUCAGCAUUAUUCAAAAUUCAGCGCAGAAAAGUUUUGUUUUCUUCCGUUCAACUCCUCGUGAUUUACAACCAAUAAGUCAACAGGUGUCUUAGGAAUCGAAAAAUACACAGCAUAUAUAGAGACACGGAUCGUGAUUUAAUUUGGUGAUUGAAAAGAAUGAAAUGAUUGAAUUGUGACAAAUAGUGGCCUUCCAACAACCAAACAACACGAAUUUGAAGUACAAAAACGAAUUAGAAGAUUUUCCUGAUUGUUUCGAUUUUACACGUAGACGUUUACGCUUGAACACGGUAAUCGGUAGUCAAAGACGGAAAGCCAAAUUGAAUACUAAAAAAAACGAGGAACGAAUUAAGAGAUUGUCAGCGAGUUAACGUUCGUCAAAAGCAUUCUAUUGUGUUUGGCCAAAUUGAAGUGGUGAAAAAUUAGUGUAUUUACAUUAAACGCCAUAAUUUCCAGCCAUUUAAAUCGUGUCUUGUAAGAGGAAAAGCGUGACAGUAUACUUUUCGUUGAGCACACGCGGUUUAUUGUGCGUUGGCCAUUGUUGUCUGCAAAGAAACACACACACGACAUUACCAACGGUGUACGGAUUUGUUUGAACUUGCGCGUUUCGAAGUAACAAAUUUGAUUGUGAUCUAUUUCGUUCGAUUGGCAUUGAACCGCUGUGUAGUGUGUAUCCAAUAGUUUGAAGCAAAAUAAAUAUAUUAUGUACAUAUACAAUCAUUUCAACGACAAUAUGAAUGGAGUUCCAAUAUUGAAUGUGGAUAUGGCCACAACGACUUCCGCGGCAGUUGUUCAACCAACACCGUCUGUAACAAACACAUCGAAUUUAAUGGUUGGCACCGCCACAACAACACCACUUACACCUGAAAUUCUAAAUUCUGUGAUGGCCAUGACAAAUCCACUCGAAUAUUCAUUUCCAUCAACCACCACAUCAAAUCCAUCGACCAACAAAGUGUCACAGAAGUCAGCCGAUAGUCAUUCCAGUAGCUCAGGCUCACCGUUCGAUUCGCUGUUGGCCACAACACCAGCCGGACCACCCAUCAUUGUCAAAGAAGCAACCACACCAACUGUUCAACAGACAUGUUCGCAAUUGAUAAAAACCAGCCUAAAGUUAUCACUUGAGAUGAAACGCAAAAUGAGCACAAGUGACUCAAGCAGUGUGGAUACGUCGAUUUGCAAAAAGAUCAAGCAAGACAUAGACACUAGCGAUGAUGACGACAAUGAUGAUGAUGAUGAUGAUGAUGAUGAUGAGAUGGUUUCGAGAAAACCAACACGGUCCACGACUUUCCUAUCUCCGGAAGAUGAAGAUCGAAGGCGCAGACGUCGUGAGCGAAACAAAAUAGCUGCAACAAAGUGCCGAAUGAAGAAACGUGAGCGUACCGUAAACUUAGUGAGUGAAGCUGAAACGCUGGAAGCACAAAAUAUCGAUUUGAAGGCACAAGUGCGCAGCUUGGAAAUUGAACGUCGAUCUCUAACUGAAAUGCUUCAAUUGCAUGCCAACUCAUGUACACGAAGCGAUGGAUUUCAAAUACCCAACAUCAAUGCCAGCAUUAUGAAGUUUUUAAACGAUAUCGGUUUACAACAAACGGAAACGUCUACCACAAACAAUGACCAUAUUGUGAAAAAUGAAGUGCUAUCGAAAACGAGGAAUUUUUCAAUGAAGACAGCACAGAAAAUGCAGAAAAUCCCGUCGGUCAAUACGUUGAGAUUCAAUACAAGGCGUUCCAACCAGCAAACCAACAAACUAAUUCAACCAGCAACCACAAUCAUCAGCCCGGUUACAGCAGCAGCAACAACGAGAAAUUGCAUUAAUGCAAUUAAUCCAACGAUUGUUGGAACUAUGAGCAAUAUGUCACCGCUACAGGAUUGUAAACCGUUACCAUCGAUUGAUAUGGGUUUCUGUGAAGGACGAAACGAAAGCCUAACACCAACAAGUACCUAUUGCAAAUCACUCAUGUCCAGUUCAAGUGAUUGUUAUGCAAUGAGCAGUCCGGACAGUGGAUUUAUAAAGUCACCGGUGGACAUGGCAAGCUAUUCAACCCUACCGCAAAUGAUAAAAAGCGAUUACAUUCCCAAUUGUGAUACAGGGAUGUUGAAUGAUAAUGGCGCUGCCGAUGGUUCGAUUGAAUUCAUUUUAAAGAGUGAAUUGGUCGAUGUUAAUGACAGCCCAUACACAACCGUUCAAAGUGCUGAUCGCUUCCUAUUCGAUGGUGUUGCCGAAACAUUCGAUCCAGAUAUUGAAACUGGUGCAAAUUCCGCCAAUAACACGUCAUCAUUGAUUGACACCCAAUCGCAUAUGCAUGAGGGACUCAAGGGGCACAUGCUACUCCAGGGAAUGAAUAACAACAACAAUUCCAGUCAAAUAAAUAACAAUCAUCAUUCAAAUCUCGAUCCAAAUGCAAACCAUAAUAUGAUGCACAAUUUUGGUACGGUAAAUUUACCUGUGAUAUCGUCAGUGCUGCCGCCACCUCAUUCGACAUCAAUCAUUGAAUUUAAUACGUCGUGCCAGCAAUUUAUCGACAGUUCGUUGCUGAAAGGGGAUUUUCUUGGGCAAAAUUGUGAAUUUCUCGAUUCACAAUUUACCACCGAUUUGGAUAGUGGUGUCACUACUUAUACCAACAGCAGUGGUUGCCUAGCCUGAUGGUUUCCUUUCGACGGCGAUUGCGAGAACAUUGAAUUUUAAGAAACUUUACUUCAUUUAUACCUCAAAAUGCAAAAAGUCAGCUUCACUUCAGUGUAAGAAGCAAAUUAAACAUGUUUUUCUUCGUUUCUUUAUUUUUUCACUAAAAAAUUUCCAUGUCGCAAAUUAAUUGACAAUUCGAUUAAGUUUAUUAUUAUAUUUUGUAUUUGAUUAGAUCAUAAGAAAUCAUUGGUUUUGCUUAUUAAAAUUUGCAAAGAAAAAAGAAGAAAAAA